GUGAUAGGUGAAGCCAUUUAAUCUGUCUAGAAAAGUAUAUUCCGACUUAACCCAAAGCUGUAAACAAAUCUCUUCACGCUAGCUAUUAUAACUCGUACUACUACGACUAUAUAUUAUCCAUAUUUUGCAAGCCAAAGUCACACUGAUCGAUCAUCAUAUUCCAAUAUGGGUAAAAUAUUCCGGCGAGUUCUCCGAUCAACUUAUUGUCUCUUCCUAUUACUAUUCGCCGUGAAUUGUACUCCUCCAGAGGAUCCGAUCAAAUGCGCUUCAAAAAACACAAAUUGCACGAUUACAAACUCUUACGGCACUUUCCCUGACAGAAGUAUAUGCAAGGCAGCAAACGUGGCGUAUCCUACCACAGAAAAAGAACUAGUUUCAGUUGUAGCCAAUGCAACAAAGGCCAAAACGAAGAUGAAAGUAGCAACUCGCUAUUCCCAUAGCAUUCCUAAGCUAGUUUGUCCAGAGGGUGAAAAUGGGCUUCUCAUAAGCACCAAAUACCUGAAUAAAGUGUUAGAAAUUGAUUUUGAAUCCAUGAAAAUGACCGUAGAAAGUGGUGUUACCUUAAGACAGCUUAUUGAUGAAGCUGCUAAGGCUGGACUCGUAUUGCCUUAUUCGCCGUACUGGUGGGGAUUGACGAUCGGCGGAUUACUGAGCACGGGUGCCCAUGGAAGCACGCUGUGGAAUAAAGGAAGUUCGGUUCAUGAUUAUGUGGUGGCAUUAACGAUAGUGAGCCCAGGAAGUGCAGAAGAUGGGUAUGUUAAUGUCAGGAGACUUGAUGAAAGGAACAGUGAACUCAAGGCUGCCAGGGUCUCGCUUGGAGUUCUUGGAGUUAUUUCGAAGGUUACGUUUCAACUUGAACCCUUGUUCAAGCGAUCCAUCUCCUUUGUGGUGAAGAAUGACUCGGACCUAGCAGAUCAAGCGGCUAGCUUUGGCCGUCAACAUGAGUUUGCAGAUAUAACAUGGUAUCCCAGUCAACAUCAGGCAGUCUAUCGAACCGAUGAUCGCGUUCCCAUUAACACAUCUGGCAAUGGCAAAUAUGACUCCAUUCCAUUCCGCUCUGCACCGUCACUUGGUUUGGCUGUCAUCAGAGCAACAGAGGAAAGUCAAGAAUCUUUAGGUGAUGCAGAGGGCAAGUGUAUUAGUGCAAGGCUAGUCACAACCUCGCUUUUGACCUCAGCUUUUGGACUAACAAACAAUGGUAUUAUUUUUACAGGAUACCCUGUAAUUGGGUUUCAAAACCGGAUCCAAUCAUCAGGGACCUGCCUUGAUAGUCUUGAAGAUGCACUAAUCACAGCUUGUCCGUGGGACCCGAGAGUUAAAGGUGAGUAUUUUCUGCAAACGACAUUCCGUAUCAGCUUAACAGCUGUUAACUUUUUCAUCCAAGACGUCCAAAAGCUAGUCAAGUUGGAGCCUAAAGGGUUAUGUGUUUUAGAACAGUACAAUGGUAUUCUCAUGCGCUAUGUUAAAGCAUCAACCGCCUAUUUGGGCGAACAAGAAGAUGCAUUAGACUUUGAUAUCACAUACUAUAGAAGCAAAGACCCUUUGACUCCUCGGCUUUUCGAAGAUAUACUCGAAGAAAUAGAGCAAAUUGCGGUUUUUAAGUAUGGAGGGUUGCCACACUGGGGAAAGAACCGGAACUUAGCAUUUGAAGGAGUUAUCAAGAAAUACAAAAAUGCUAAGGAGUUUUUGAAGAUUAAGGAUGAGUAUGAUCCAAUGGGGCUAUUUUCCAAUGAUUGGACAGACCGAGUUCUUGGGGUAAAAGAUGGGGUGACCGUAGUGAAGGAAGGUUGUGCGUUGGAGGGAUUGUGUAUAUGCUCAGAGGACAUUCACUGUGCCCCUAGUAAAGGCUAUUUUUGUAGACCUGGAAAAGUUGACAAGAAUGCCAGGGUUUGUACACUUAUCAGUAACGAAAAGAAAACAGUGUGAUAUCUGAAGGAGUUUAUAAGCUAAUUAAUAGAAAGAUAGAAAGAAAACAAAGUUACUUUUAUUGUUUGUUUGUUUAUUAGGAAAACUAGAAAAAUUGGAAUUCUAUUUAUUUGAUUGGAAACGAAAAGCGUCAAUUAUUUUGAUUUAUUGAAAGAAGAUAUUAUAUGGAUUUUGAA